UCCAAAUCAGUACUCUCACAGCGCAGGGAAAGAGCUCCUUCUUUGUACUUUACCGUGUUUUUAGCAAUGAAACAACUAGGUUAAAUGUGAUUUUAUAUAAAGAACAGACCUCAACGCUGUUAUCUGCGGUAUUUGAAUGAACCUGGACGCAUUUUAACAGAGCUGCAUCAUCUGACCGGAGCGGACUCUACCCAUAUCAUCCCAGCAGAUGUUAUUCUGUCUGUGACAAUGAAGACUGACAUCCCAUACAACCAGCUGGUGGACGUGGAGAGGAGGAGACAAGAAACCUACAGGAAAGCACAAGUGUAUUCCAGGUGUAUUGUAGCUCUGGCCACUGUGGCGGCUCUGCUGCUGGCUGCCACCGCCCUCUACAACCUGCUGACCCCCAGGGCCCCCCCCACCCAUCCCGCACCGAGCAGCAGCCUCCGCCUGCCCCGUGCCCCGUCCUGCUCAGACCCCUGCAGGAUUGUUCUGUUGGAGAGCAUCCCUGAAGGCCUGACGUUUAACUCCAGCACCCCCCACCCCUCCAUCUACCAGGCCUGGCUCCACCUGAUGGCCGAGGCCCGCAGCAGCGUGGACAUCGCCUCCUUCUAUUGGACGCUUACUAACAAAGACACUGGCACUCACGAGCCGUCGGCCAAUCAGGGUGAGACUGUUCUGAAAACACUAGCUAAACUCUCCGGGAAGGUGUCAGUUCGUAUCGCAGUGAACACACCACAGCACAGUCAGCCGCAGGACGACCUCCGACUGCUCAACGCCUCAGGAGCUAAUAUCAGGGAAGUAAAUGUGAAAAAGCUCACCUCAGGAGUCCUCCACACAAAGUUCUGGGUCGUGGACAAAAAACACAUUUACAUUGGCAGUGCCAAUAUGGACUGGAGGUCUCUCACACAGGUGAAGGAGCUGGGCGCCGUGGUGUACAACUGCAGCUGCCUGGCUGCAGACCUGGGGAAGAUCUUUGAAGCCUACUGGUUCCUGGGGGAGAGUGACACAGUGCCCUCACCUUGGCCCCCUAGCUUCUCCACCAACUACAACAAGGACACGCCCCUCGAGCUGCCACUCAACAACACGCCGUCCAACGUCUACCUGUCGAGCUCCCCUCCAUCUUUCUGUGGAACCGGCAGGACUGGGGACCUGCAGUCCAUCCUCAGUGUGAUGGAGGACGCCCAGAGCUUCAUUUACAUCGCUGUCAUGAACUACCUGCCCACCAUGGAGUUCUCUCAUCCUAAGAGGUACUGGGCCGACAUCGACACCCAGCUGAGGCGCGUCAGCUACGAGAAGCGGGUCAGAGUGCGCCUGCUGAUCAGCUGCUGGGCCAGCACCCAGCCCAUCAUGUUCCCCUUCCUCAAGUCUCUGGCCUCCGUGUACGACCCCAAGAGCAGACUGGACAUCCAGGUGAGGCUGUUUGUGGUGCCUGCCACCCCCCAGCAGAAGGAGAUUCCCUUUGCCAGAGUGAACCACAACAAGUACAUGGUGACGGACAAGAUAGCAUACAUAGGUACGUCUAACUGGUCUGGGGACUACUUUGUGAGCACAGCCGGCUCAGCAUUGGUCGUCAACCAAACAGCAUCAGAGUCCUCUGAGACAACCGUCCAAUCACAGCUGCAGGCCGUGUUUGAGAGGGACUGGGACUCCGCCUACAGCACCCCCCUCACUCAGCACUCAAACCUCAAAAACUUGUGUUAGUUUCAUCAGCCAAUUUCACGGAUCCUUCAUCAGAGGGGACUCUUCAACACAUAUUGCCGUGCUAUAGUUGCACGUUCAUGCAUUUUGCUCUAUUCAGCUGGAACAUUUCCUCUCAGCUGAGCGGAGUUUGCUGAGGUCCAAAGGAAGAUAUUUCACUUCCAGAAAAGCUGCUUUAUGCUUCAGUGCCAAACUUGACUGGAGCAACGUGCCGUCUACCAGUAAACUGCUCAUUGGCAGUCUUAUGCUACCAUGGGUUGUUCAAGGGUGCCUUUUUUACAUUUUAGAAAAUAUGUUUGCAUCUCUUUACCGUUAUCAGAACUGGCCUGGGAUUUAGACUGCAUGUGUGUGUUAAGCUUUGAUGACUUUAUCAUUUUCAAAAUCAAUCAAAAGUCCUUUAUUUUCUGCAACAACAGCCUCAGUGCGGGUUUUCUUUUUUCUUUAUCCUAGCACACCUCAGGGAGUAAAGUGUUUCUUAAUUAAUCUGCACAUGAACUGGAAAUACGAUAAUUUCAGCAGUGUUCAAAAUAGAUACAGUUUUGCAGUGGCAGUAAAUGUGGAGUAUAAUUUCAUUUCCACUGUGUGGAGUGACUGCACCUACCAAUUAGUGAAGACCUGGUUGUUAUGGCAACUGUUCAAAGAAGCAGCAUGCACAUUAAAAAAAAUACUCUGGGGCAGUCAUUAUCUACGUGCCAUCUUCAUAAAGAAAUAACUUUCAAUAAAUGAAUUUCAAUCAAA